AUGGACUACAUCAAAGAACAUUGCCCAGCAUUCCAAAAAGGAAAGUUCUGCCCGUACAAUGUGCCUGAACUAAAAGGACUUGCAAAAGGCUGCCCUGCCUUUAAAGAUGGAUGUCCUUUCAAAGGAGUCAAGGAUGUUGGCGAGUUUGAGGGAAAGCUGGGGGAGAUGAGGGACCUGUGUAAAGGGAAGGCCAACUACGAGAAGGCCCUGAAGGUUGUCUAUGGCGUCAAUGGUCAGCAAGCUGCAAAGAUUGGCCAUUGCCCAUUCUUCAAGUUUGACUGUCCAUUCAAGACCGACCGCGAGGGAAAGCCAAUUGUUCCUGAGCUGGUCACCAUGCAAUACGUGGAGGACCAUUGUCCAGUCUUCAACAAAGGCAAAGCUUGUCCUUACAAUGUCCCCGAACUGAAAGGACUCGGGAAAGGCUGCCCAGAAUUCAAGGAUGGAUGUCCAUUCAAGAAUGUCAAGGAUGUGGGAGAGUUCAAAGCCAAAAUGGGAGAAAUGAGGGAUAAUUGCAAGGGCAAAGAGAACUACACCAAGGCUAUGGAUCUUGCAUACGCAGCUAAUGGUGAAGCAGUUGCAAAGCAAGGUCAUUGUCCUUUCUUCAAGGGUGGUUGCUUUCUCAAGACCGACACCAAUGGAAGGUUCAUUAUUCCUGAUGUAAUCACCAUGGAUUACGUCAAAGGAUACUGCCCAGCCUUUGACAAGGGCAAGGCUUGUCCUUACAAUGUGGCUGAGCUGAAAGGUCUUGGGAAGGGCUGUCCAUCCUUUAAGGACGGAUGUCCAUUCAAAGCAGUAAAGGAUGUUGGAGAGUUCAAGGCCAAACUUGCGGAGAUGCGCGACCAGUGCAAGUGUAAGCAAAAUUACACCAAAGCUCUGGAAUGUAUCUACAAAGCCAAUGCAGAGGAAGCUGCCAAGAUUGGCCAUUGCACCUUUAAUCACAAUCACUGUGAGUUGAAAACUGACAAGGAUGGCAAACCUAUUGUGUAGUUUGGCUCAAGACCAGAAGACCGCAUUUACCAUAAAGGAACUGGACAUAUGGUGGUCUUUAUAUGAUCACCAUUCUGGAUUAAUACU